AUGGCUCCCAAACCUUCAUCCUCUAGGUCAUGGGAUGGUCUCAAUCCUCCGUUAUCGCAAUGGGCGUUGGAUGCUGUGUCCUCCAUGGGCUUUACUCGAAUGACCCCAGUCCAAGCCUCCGCAAUCCCUCUGUUUAUGACCCACAAGGAUGUUGUCGUCGAAGCAGUCACAGGCAGUGGAAAGACCCUUUCGUUUUUGAUGCCAGUCGUGGAGAAGCUUCUGCGCCUUGAUGAACCCAUCAAGAAACAUCACAUUGGUGCUAUUAUCAUCUCCCCGACGAGAGAAUUGGCUACGCAAAUCUACCAAGUCCUCCUAUCAUUACUGGAAUUCCACCCGCCAUCCGCCGCAGCGAUUCACCCGCCGGAAGAAGGCGCCCCAAAGCCCAAGUCCUCUUCCUCUACCUUGAAAGUCGUCCCACAACUUCUCUUGGGUGGCUCAACAACACCGGCUGAAGAUCUCAGUUCCUUCUUGAAACGUUCGCCUAAUGUGCUAGUCUCUACCCCCGGAAGACUUUUGGAGCUGCUUUCUUCCCCGCAUGUUCACUGCCCACAGUCCUCAUUCGAAAUGCUUGUGCUCGAUGAAGCCGAUAGGCUUUUGGAUCUUGGAUUUAAGGAUGAUCUCCAGAGAAUUCUACAGCAUCUUCCUAAGCAACGACGAACUGGAUUGUUCAGCGCCAGUAUCAGCGAAGCCGUUGACCAAAUUGUCCGCCUGGGACUUCGGAAUCCGGUCAAGAUUGCUGUCAAGGUCAAAGGAGGAGGCGGAGCGGAGGACAAACGUACUCCUGCCAGUUUGCAGAUGACCUACCUCACAACGCCUCCGGCUCAUAAAUUUUCUGUGCUCAAACAAAUCCUAACAACGGUUCAACCGACGCCCCAGAAGACUAUCUUCUUUGUAUCAACAUGUUCUAGUGUGGAUUACUUGGCUAUGAUUCUACCAAUUGUACUAGGAAACGACUUCCUCCUGGUCCCGCUUCAUGGCAAACACCCUUCCAACGUCCGCCAAAAGAACUUUACCCGCUUCACCACCUCUACGACUCCUUCGAUCCUCUUAACUACCGAUGUUGCUUCCCGUGGCCUGGACAUUCCAUCCGUUGAUCUAGUUGUCCAGAUCGAUCCUCCCUCAGACCCCAAAACCUUCAUCCAUCGAUGUGGCCGAGCAGGCCGUGCUGGAAGAAGAGGUCUGAGCAUUGUCCUUCUGCAUCCCGGGCGAGAAGAAGAUUACGUUUCGUUUCUGGAAGUACGCAAGACCCCAGUCGCCCCCUUCAACCUCCCAACACCGAGCUCCGAUGUGGAUGCUGCAGUGGCUACUCAGUCUAUCCGCUCGCUCCUCCUCAAAGAUCGUGCUAUUCAUGACAAGGCUCAAAAGGCUUUCGUCAGUUGGCUCCGCAGUUACAGCAAGCACCAAGCCAGCAGUAUUUUCCGUGUGCCAGAUCUCGAUUGGGAAGCUUUGGGCAAAGCCUGGGGACUUCUUCGCUUACCCACAAUGCCAGAGCUGCGCAAAUUCGAGGGAGAUCGAACAUUGGGUGUGAGCAAUGACUGGGACAACUACGCCUACAAAGACAAGCAGCAAGAGAAGCGGCGCAAGGAGAAGGCCCUUGAGGCCGAGGAAGAGAAGAAGAAUGGCCAGCAGGAGUCACGGAAACGAACUGCAACCGAAAGUGCUGCUUGGAGUCAAAACCAAGAAAACCGGGAGAAGAGGCUCAAGCGAAAGGAGAUCAAGCAGACACGAAAGGAGAACGAGAAGUGGGAGCAAUUGCCCGAGGAGGAGAAGCAAAAGGCUCUGGAGACGAAACAAAUGAUCGAGUCCCUUCGGGAAAAGAACGAGGAACGGCGGCGAGAGCAGCGCGCUUUACAGCUCUCUGGCAAGCCUGCUUCAAAGAAAGGAGAUGAUGACGAUGACUUUGAAGGCUUCGAUUAG